GGCGCAAAAUAUGCACCAGACAAAAUCACUUAAAGGUAUUUUUCAAAAUUAUGUACGCGUAUAUGUAUGCAACUGUACAAUGCGAAACAGGCGACACGAUUUCAUACUGAUAUAAUUUAUUCAUCAUGACUAGGACAGUCAGUACGACAGACAAACACUAAAUUAUCCUACUAGAAAUGUUUAAGAUGCAUCACAUAAAUCACACAGUCUCUUUGCGUAGGUUUCGAGAAAUUUUAGCGCAUAACAUCCGCCAACUUCACACAUCACGUGCUUUGCUAAAUGCAGGGCUAAAUGAGAGAAAUAUUUACUACCGAAAAGGCGCCUAUAGCUUGACUAUAGAGUCAUUUAGUAGAUUUCUGUUUCAACGGGACCUAAAAAUGGGUUCUCAGAACUGUUCGAAUGUCUGUGUGAAAUGACGUUAUUGAUAAUACCAGCUUUGGUUGUUGUCCGACAGCAAGCUGAUACUUUGUAGUUUAUCUAUGCCUUAUACCGUUUCUAUAAAAUAUUGCUUAAAAUUUUUGAGAAGUACUUUUGGAUUGACAUGUAAGAAACUCAAAGCUUCGUUACUGCGACACGUUUGUGGAAUCGAAUCGAAUACUCUUGUUGUUCCUUUCAUCAACAGUGCUCAACAGGUGGACACCUGGUGUACACCAGGAGUGACUUCACUAAGGGGAAGCUAGUAGUUACUAUGGCACCUGAUUACUCCAAACAUUGCAUGUAACUAAGGAAAGGGUCAACUUUCAGUAUUAAUUAUUUUGCACAGUUCGAGAUUUAUUUUUCACGGGUCGGAUUCUAAAACAUGUCGCUGUUCAAAGUUUGCAAUUGGUGGAAGAAUCAAUGUCCAGACGUGGAUUCUAACUAUGAUUCGUUUUCUAUCCACUGCACGCGACUCUGUUUGGAGGAAGGCGAAAAGGAUAGCAUUAUUGUUGGUUCCCAUGCGGGCCAUCUGUCGAUUUAUCAGCCAUCGAAUAAAGCUUCAUUGGAUGGAGAAAUAGAAGAGGAUCAAUUCUUUGAAAACGUUUUUCAGCACUCUGAUGUGAUACUGGAAACGAAACUAACCCUGCCCGUGAUUGGAAUAACCAGUGGAAAAUUCACUACGGCAUCCAAAACAGAGACCAAAUUGCAUAUAGCUGUAUUACACCCGAUGAAAGUAUGCAUUUAUCAAAUAUUAACUCUAGACGGAAUUGCAGAUCAUGGCGACCACACAAAACUACUGCUUCUGUACGAGCAUCCGCUCGGUAAAGCGGCAUUCUCCAUGUGCCGAGGCAACUUUGGCGGUGUAAAGGGACGCGACUUCCUCUGCGUGCAACACAUGGAUGGAUCGUUGAAAUUUUUCGAGCAGGAUGGUAUAUCAUACGAGUGCGAAUUGCCCGGCGAACGAAACAUCCCCUCCCCGAUUCAUUAUGUAUCUCGAACCGAUUGUUUCGUUACGGUAUCGCCCGGAUGGGAUCUCGAGUGCUACCGCUAUCAAGACCUCUCGGAAACGAAUGUUUCCCUGCGAAAAAGCGAUCCAAUAUGGUCAAUAUGCGUCGGAGAAUAUGCGUUGGAUUUGAAUGUUCAUCAAAUUUCAAACGUCGAAUCCGUAAUAAUAGUUUUAGGAGAAAAUAAUUUGCUGUGUAUAACGGACACCGGGAAAUUGAAAUUCAUCAAAAAACUGGAUUACUCUCCCAUUUGUUUCCAUUCGUUCAUCAUUGGCUGGUAUUGGGAACCAGAUACUCGUCUGAUGAUUGCGGUAGUAUCCGAAAGUGGAUCACUACUACUAUACGAAGACUCCCAGAUAGUGUGGUCUGCCGAGUUGCCGGAAAUACCCGUAGCGAUAUCACGUGCCAACGUUUCCGGGUUGCCAGGAGCAUUAGUGACGCUGGAUAACUCCGGCGUGCUCAGUGUUGGAUUUUUGGGUUCCGAACCGCACCUCUUCAAAGUACCACCAUUGAAUCUCGUCCCAUUUGAGGUAGAGAAAUGCCAAAAGGAAAUGAUGGAGUUGGAAAAGGAAAUACGGGCUGGUGUCGAUUUUAGUGACAUAGCUUUGAUCAAUGCUGCCACAGAACGUGAUAUAGCCUUACUCGUCGUACUGGAUACGAAACUUGAACGUUGUACGCAUUCCACUAAUAUUAACGGCGGUGAACUCAGCAUGUGUCAAAUUAUAGUGACGGUAACAACUCAUAUUAAACUAGAACUACUCCAACUAUGCAUUUCGGUAGAUCCAUCGCUGAAAUGCAGCAAACAAGUGUUCAUGUUCCGCGAUAUCGCAGCUGAUCAGAUGCAAAAGAUGGAAUCCUGGAUUUAUCCUUAUGAGCCAGCAAUUCCAUCAGAUUUUACCGUUUGUAUAUUAUGCUCGUACACGAACAAACAAGGCAUCACUAGAGUACUUCAAAAAGCUUCAAUAUUACCACUAGAGAUGUUUGUGAAACCCACACAAGCUUCCAAAGAAGCGGCUCAUAAAGUUACACUAACAAGUCACGGAUCCGACGAAAGUCUCGCGAACCUUUUCCCAGAAUUUAUAAGCGAUGGGAACCCACAUGCCUUAGGAUUGCUGUCAUUGAUAUCUGGAACAAAAGUCACCAUUGUGGCAGCUAAGAAUACAAAUCGCUACAGAGUACAAUCAGAAGACCUGCUGGGAAUACCAUUAGUGGUGAUGUCGCUUGUCGAACGAAUCAAUCAACGCAGCGCAACCAGUCAGGAUGGCAAAAAAUCUACGCUGAAGGUUUCAAUAUCGUCAAGUCCUCCGAUCGAAGGAUUACUGCAGGAGAUUGAUAAACACUAUAAUCUCCGGUUGCAACACAAAAAGAUUACGGAAGAACUUGAGGUUCGCGCAGGUCAAAUGCGGCUCUUUGAGCGAAGGUUCGUGGUCAAGCUUCAGGAACGAUCGCUUCGUGCUUUGGAUGGAAUUCUCAUGCUGUUGAAGAAGAACCACGCAGGAAUCGCCAAAACACAUGGUGAAUUAAGGAAGAUUCAAUUUCAGCUUCACUUAUCUCAAAUACAUCUUUCGGCUCUACUAAAUUUGUUCGAAGCCUGCUUCGUCCACUCGGAUAUCCCGGUCAAGUAUUUGGACACGGUGCGUAGCAUUUUUGCGACCCCCGUAUUUGACUGUUCGGAUUACUGUUGGGAAGAAAUGGUGCACCCCAUGGUUCGGUUCCUAUCGCAAAACGGACCCCUUCGAGCAGCGACAGGCAUAUCAUCGUUCGACGAGAAGUACGUUUUUGCCACGGACGAAAAGUUCCACUUUGAGCAGUUCAAGAAACAAUUGACGGCACUGUUUGCUCGAAUUGGAGAGAAACGUUCAAAAACAGGGAGAUCUAGUGCUGAUUUCGAGGAGGAAUUGGAAGAACUCACUGACGAUCAAGUAGCAGCCAGUGAAUGGAUCAGUUAUGAAAAGCAAAGUGACAUGCCAUUGUAAACACUGAGAAAUCCUCAAUAAUAAUUAUACGAAUUAGAAGAAAAAAGUUUAAAAUCAUAUUUUAAUGUAAUAAACUUUACGAAAAUGCCGUUAAAUGAGCGGUGAAUGGCGACCUCACGGUAUAAGAUGACUGCUCCGAACUGACAGGUUUCUGCAAUGUGAACGUGUAGAUGACCUUCUAAUUGCAAGUGAAUGUGGGAAAUGGGAAAAAAGUUAUGAUGCAAUUUUAUUGGACUUCGAUCCAACCGCUGUUCCGAAAUUAUUAUUCUCCGCUCAGGAAAUGAAUGAACACGUAAUCCGAGUUGAAAGGAGAAUAUAAUUUUCCUACCGGAGGCAAUUAAAAUACAUUUCAAGUUACAUGGAAUUCAUAAUUUGCAAGUACAAGUGCAUCGAAGCAACUACUUAAACUAAACUAUUCUAUUUCAAAUCAAUUAACUUGCUAUGUAUGCUCGGUUUAUGAGAACUCCUGGCAUGCUGUAGCGGUUUCUGAUAUUUGGAUAUGGAUGUACAAGUACAUAACAUUUUUAAUUUACACUUACGUUUUGUGUUUUCGUUCCCAGCAUAAGAUUACUGGUAGGACCUAAUAGCCUUGGUAUGAUCGG